AGCGACGCGGCAGAAGGAAGUGAGAGAGAGUUUGUGUGUGAAGGAGACGUACACAAUCCAUCAUGUCAUUCCCACCACCACACGCGCCACCGCCGACGGGAUUCCCGCCUCAGCCAGCCCAGUCACAACCGACGACCACAACAGCAGCGGCACCACCGCUCCAGCCGCCUCCGCUCUCUGGGACCCUUGCUCCCCCACCGCUCCAGCCCCCACCUCUCGGCAACAGCUACAGCGGCGGCAACAGCUACAAGAUGCCUCCCACCACCAGCACAUCACAGCCGCGUCCGCCGGCAACGAAUGGCGGCCUCUCAGCGCCACCCACGUUCAGCACAAGCGCGGGAAGCAACGGCUACAGCGCACCUCCCACCAUGCCACCUCCCACACUUGCUUCUGCAUCGCAACCACCGCGAAUGGCACAGCCACCUCCGCCAAUGUCGCAACCACCAUCCAUGUCGCAACCCCCACCCAUGUCUCAGCCUCCGCCAAUGUCGCAGCCUCCAACCAUGUCGCAGCCUCCAACCAUGUCACAGCCUCCAACCAUGUCACAGCCUCCAACCAUGUCUCAACCUCCAACCAUGUCUCAACCCCCACCGCUGUCUCAACCCCCACCGCUGUCUCAACCCCCACCGCUGUCACAGCCACCACCCAUGUCUCAACCUCCACCCAUGUCACAACCGCCCACGGCGACGACAACAGCAACAGCAACAGCAACCGCAUCCAUGAUGCCACCGCCGCUGCAUGUACAGCCACCCGUCUUCCACCCGCCGCCAAUGUCGCACUCAGCAACAGCGGCACCAACGACAGCAGCACCACCGCCGCCACCACCAACAACGGCGCCCGCGCCCCAGCCUGGUGCCGCCGCCUUCACGCAGCAGCCACCAACAAGCCAGCCGCCAAGCGUGCAGACGUCGUUGCCGCCGCCGCCGCUGUUCUCGGCCCAGCCAGACCCGGGUGCACAAGGCCCUGCCCGCCGCAUGUCCGCAUCCACAGGCGCGCACCCCGUCAUGAACCAGACUGCGCCCACGCGUGCAGACGCGCCGACAAACAUCCUGGGGCAGCGCAACAUACUGCCGGCAGCACCCGCGCGGCCGCCACGUGCGCAGCCGCUGUCUGACUCGCAGCGGCGGGCCAACUGCGACCCGAAGUUCAUGCGGGCGACGAUCAACGCCAUGCCGGAGACAUCGUCGCUGCUCUCGCAGUGCCGCCUCCCACUCGCCCUCCACCUCAACCCCUUUGGCGAGGAUGUGCCGGUGAUGAGUGGUCUCCCCAUUGUCCGCUGCCGCAGCUGCCGCACGUACAUCAACCCGUUCAUCUCCUUCAUCGGCCAAGGUGCGCGGUGGCGCUGCAACCUGUGCCAAUAUGUCAACGACAUUCCCCAGGACUUUUUCUACGACCGCGUCAAGGGAGAGCUCGUCGACCGAGCGGGACGGCCCGAUCUCAACACGGCCUCUGUCGAGUACAUUGCGCCGUCAGACUACAUGGUGCGGCCGCCCCAGCCGUGCGUGUUUGCGUUCUGCAUCGACGUGUCGUCGCCUGCGGUGGUGUCUGGGAUGGUGGCGGCGGUGUGCAAGGCGCUGCUGGAGAACCUGGACCGCCUGACUGGCGAUGAGCGCACGCGUGUCGCCAUCAUCACCUUUGACAACACCGUCCACUUUUACAACCUCAACGAGAAGUUGGCGCAGCCGCAGAAGCUCGUGAUGACGGACAUUGACGACCCAUUCCUGCCGUAUUCCAUGGAAGACCUCCUUGUCUCCCUCAACGACUCAAAGGAGCUUGUCAAGUCGCUGCUUGAGUCCAUCCCGGACAUGCACGCGCGUCCGCUGUCGAGCGACACGUGCACGGGCGCCGUCCUCAAGGCCGCCCGUCUCCUCAUGGGCGGAAUCGGCGGCCGCAUCUCCGUCUUCCAGACUGGCCGUCCCUCCAUUGGGCCUGGCGCCAUUCCCGACACGCAGCCGCCAAACCCAAUCGGGUCUUUGAAGGAGCGCGACGCCCUCAACUCAGCCACGGGAUUUUACAAGGAGUUUGCGUCAGCCAGGAUCAAGACCUCAAAGUACUUGUCGUAUGUACUGCGGCAUGGAGCACAAAAGGAAGGCGUGUCAAUGGCCCCGGACGGCUCCGUGGCACUGGAGGACUUGCUGAGGAGGCCGCAGCUGAAAGGGCUCUCCUCCAAGGAGAUCAAACACAUCGUGGAAACAUGCCCGAAGCAGCGGUUUGUCCUGCUUCCGGGCACGGGCCCGACGGGCCUUCGCAUCCGCGCAGCACAAGGACACACCAUCAAGGUGGCGGAUGAGUCGCAGCUGCUCACGGCAAUCACAGACGCCUCCAAGUUCCCCGUCGUCGUGCAUGGCACGUAUGCCAAGCUCGUGCCCGUGAUCAAGCGCGAGGGCCUCAGCCGCAUGCGACGCAGACACAUCCACUUUGCCACGGGCCUGCCUGGGGAUCAGGAGGUCAAGAGCGGCAUGCGCAAGUCCUGCACCGCGUUUGUCUACAUCGACCUUGCCAAGUGCCUACGUGACGGCAUUCCCUUCUUCGUCAGCUCCAACAACGUCGUCCUUUCCCCUGGCCUUGGAUCCACCGGCAUCCUGCCGCCCCAGUACUUUACCAACGUUGUCAUCAAAGACAAGAAGUCGUCGCAGUGA